UUCCUUUUUUCGCGACUGCAGGGAAAACUUCUGGGAUAUGCGCCGCUCAUCUCUUUGCUUCAGCGUGAUUUAGCAGCUCCCUGACCUUUCACCUUUCUCGGAGGGGUUGUGCGCGCUAGCGAUGGAUCACACGCUGUUCGGCUGCCUUCGGAGCCCCCACAACCCCGCGCAGGGCCUGCACCCCGCCGCCUUCGCCCAGUCCCCCCUCACCUUGCACGGACGCUCGGACCACGUCUCCUACCCGGACCUGGCCUGCUCGUCGUCGUCCUCCUCGCCGUCCUCCACGUCCUCGCCCUCCACUUGCAUCAUCUCCGGCUACGCGCCCGAAGACGGCCUGUACCCCGGGACGCACCCCCACCACCAUCACCACCAGCACCCCCACCACCAGCACCCCGCUGCCCACCGCGGCCACGUGCAGACGCAUCACGUGCCCGCCCAGCACCACACCGCCUGGCACGUCCCCCAGAUGCCCUCAGCCGGCGGGGGUGUGCGGCCAGGCCUCUGCCACCCGCACUCCCACCUGUCCCACGACAGCGGGCCGGCUCCCCCGGACCUGGGGCACCCCGGCGGGCCCACCAUGUGCGCCACCACCCCCAGUCUGGGCGGCGGCAACACCCCCACGGGAGCCUCCUGCGCCCCCCUCGAGUUCGGCAGGCCGACGCCAUCGCCCGCUGAGGCCGAGAAGAGGAACGGCAAGAGGAAAAGUGACAGCUCAGAAUCCCAGGACGGGAGCUACAAGUCGGAUCUGAGCAGCAAGCCCAGGAAGGAGAGGACGGCCUUCACCAAGGAGCAGAUCCGGGAGCUGGAGGCCGAGUUCGCCCACCACAACUACCUGACCCGACUGAGGCGCUACGAGAUCGCCGUCAACCUGGACCUCACAGAAAGACAAGUAAAAGUGUGGUUCCAGAACCGGAGGAUGAAAUGGAAGCGCGUGAAGGGCGGCCAGCAGGGGGCGGCGGCCCGCGAGAAAGAACUGGUGAACGUGAAAAAGGGGACGCUGCUGCCGUCAGAGUUCUCCGGCAUGGCGGCCUUGCGUCACUCCACGGACUCCCUGGCCAACGACGACAGUCACGACAGCGACCAGAGCUCUGAGCACGCUCACUUAUGAUCGUUUUGGUAUCGGGAAGGGGAAGUCCGGAGCGACAUCGUCGUACAACGAUGCUAAAUAAAUGUGCAGCCGAGUAACAGACGUACAUAUCAUGACGACGGAAGUAAGAAUGUUGUGAAUGUGAGCUUUUGGCGACGUGAGCGGUGUAAACAUUCCAUGUUUGAUUUGCACUGCUGGACAACGCCAACAUGCGGGUGACAUGCUAGUCAUGGAAACUGCCCCCCCCCCCCCCCCCCCCCGGAGUCUUGUGUGACAUGAGUGUGAAGAGAUUUUGGUGAUUGCAGCAUCAGCGACCUCAUCGCUAAAGUAUUUCUGAUUCUGAUUCUGAUUACUCAGAAUGGACGUGCUUUUCUCUUAGAGAGGUCAACAUUUUGACGUCCUCAGCGUCACACUCCUCAUUUUGCUGUCCAUUUACUAGUGAUGUGCGAUACCACUGAUUUUCUUACCGAUCCGAUACCAAGUAAAAUUCAGGCUGGUAUUGGCAAUACCGAUCUGAUACCGAUAUACCGAUACUUUGUGCAAAUAUACCGAAUGUGUCUGCUAAAAUUUAGAAAAUUGUGUAUUUUCAAGUAAUAACAUAUCAAAAACUAUCAAAAAAACUCUCAGAAUUCAAUAAGAAAAAGCAGAAUUUUCUAAAUUAAUAAUUAAUAACAAUAUACUUAGUCACCUAUGAAUGUAUAUUGUAAAUAUAUAUUAUAUAUGGGUUUUUUUUAAUAAAAAAAAUAUGAAAAUGGUCCUCCCAUACUUGACUUUUCAGAAUGCGGAUCCAACAAAUUAAAAGCUCUCAAAAUAAAAACUAAAUAUUUUUAAAAUAUAGACAAAGUUUAAUUAGGUAAAAAAUAAAUGUUACUUUAAAAAAAAUAUACAACAACCAUAGUAAACACUGUUAAAUGGGUAACUGAACAUUAAUAUUUUUGUACUGGCAGAAUUUUUGACACACUAAGUUAUGCAGAUACACAACUGUAUAUUUAAUAUUUUUAUUCUAUUUUUACAUGGGGAAAAAAAACAAUAGUAAAAAUGUAAGAAAAAAAGAGCAAAAAAAUCGGUAUGUAAUGAGAAAUAGCUGAAUUUUUUAAACUAAUAGGUCAUAAUAAUUUACUUAGUCACCUAUAAAUAUAUAUUAUGUUUGUUUUUAGCAUUUUUUUAAAUAAAAAUAUAUCCACAUGGCCACCCCAUACUUGACUUUUCAGGAUGCGAAAAAAGUGGAAAAAGACACCCCUGACAUUAAAAGCUCUCAAAAUAAAAACCAAAUAUAUUUAAGAUAUAAACAAAGUUUAGUUAAGUAAUUAAAAAUAAAAUAUUAACUUAUUAAUUAAUUUGAAAAAUUACAACAACCACGAUAAACACAGUUAAAUGUGUAACUGAACAUUAAUAGUUUCAUACAGGCAGGUUAUGCAGUUACACAAAUGUAUUAUUAUUAUUUUAUUCUAUUCUUACAUGCGGAAAAAAACAAUGGUAAAAAUGUAAGAAAAAAGAGCAAAACAAAUCGGUAUGAAAAAGUUGAAAUGUUCUGACCAAUAAUUAAUAAUAAUAUCCUUAGACACAAUAUUUAUUUUGAGCAUUUUUUAAAUAAAAAAAUAUCAAUAUGGUUUUUGCAUAUUUUGACUUGCGGCACUUGGUGGAAAAAGUUUGGACACCCCUGAACUAAUGUAUCAAAAGUAUUUUGGAUUUGAGGAUCGAUAUUAGAGCAUAAAGAUUUGGUAUUGGCGGUACCGAUAUUUCAGUAUUGAUUCGCACAUCACUACCAUUUAGCAGCUUGACAAGCUUUCAUCACAAUAAACACACAAUAAGGCUGGCCAAGUCUACAAAUGUUGCAGAUACCGAUACCAAUAUGUUUGACUUGAAAAUGUUCAAGCUCUUUGACUGAUUUUGUGAUUUUUUUUUUUUCUAAUAACAAAAAAAAAACAAUGUUAUCACGUCACAUAUUUGUGAACAAUUCAACAUGUUUUAAAUACAACAAUAUAAGACAAUGUAAUAAUAUCAGCAAAAUAAAAUGAUUCCCUUUUAUUACAUUUGGUUACAUUUGGUUACAGUUGGAGCAAAAUAAUUAACAAAAGCCAUUGUAAAGAAUAUAUACACUCGAGGUAUCCUGAUCUGAUAUUGAUAUCGGUCCAGGAUCAGCAGAAAAAAAAUCGGAUUAUAAUCGCUAUAAGCACUCUGAUACUGUACAAGCAGCCCUGCAGAGUCCAAACCUGGAUAGUUUAAAGCAGUGGUUCUUAACCUGGGUUCGAUCGAACCCUAGGGGUUCGGUGAGUCAGCCUCAAGGGUUCGGCGGAGGUCAAAACACACCCGACUCAUCGUGUAAAUAAAAACUUCUCCCUAUCGGCGUAUUAUGGAUACGGCAACAGCAGAAGUCACACUGAUUUGCAGGUGUGUAAUUUGUUGUGAGUUUACACACUGUGUUGGUUUUGUUCUUUGAACAAGGUGAUGUUCAUGCACGGU